AUGGCGCACUACCAGAAUCGCAACUCCUACUACGGCCACGGCAGCCAGCCGUCGGUCGACAGCAACAACUACCACAGCAACAGCUAUGACGCCGGCCUCCAGCGCAGGCCGACGACGGGCGCCGACCGCUCCAGAUCAGAACGCAACACGCGCUCCAGCGACGGCACCGUCAGCACCGUCAUGAGCAACUCGACCGGUAGGGAGUCGUCGGGCACCCAUGUCACCGAGGCCCCCGCCUACUCCAAGAAGAUUGUCGUCGUCGGCGACGGCGGCUGCGGCAAGACGUGUCUACUGAUCAGCUACAGCCAAGGCUACUUCCCAGAGAAAUACGUCCCCACCGUCUUCGAGAACUACAUCACCUACCCGACACAUCCGCCCACCGGUAAGACCGUCGAGCUCGCACUAUGGGACACAGCCGGCCAGGAGGAGUAUGACCGGCUGCGCCCGCUCUCGUAUCCCGAGACGGACCUGAUCUUUGUGUGCUUCGCCAUCGACUGCCCGAAUUCGCUCGAGAACGUCAUGGACAAGUGGUACCCCGAGGUCUUGCACUUCUGCCCCUACACGCCUCUCAUUCUCGUCGGCCUCAAGUCAGACCUGCGGCACAAGAAGACGUGCAUCGAGAUGCUCAAGACCCAGGGCCUCACCCCCGUGACGGCCGAGCAGGGCAUGGCCGUGGCCCGCAAGAUGGGCGCCCAGUACAUGGAGUGCAGCAGCAAGGAGAUGACGGGCGUCGACGAGAUCUUCGACCAGGCCCUCCUCACCGUCGUGGGUAACGACCGCCGCAACCUCGAGGCCGCCAUGGCCGCCGCGCCCAGCUCGUCGAUGCCGGGUGCUUCCAAAGAAAAGGGAGGUGGCAUGCCCGGCCUCCGUACCUUUAAGAAGAAGAAGAGGAACUGCAUCCACCUCUAA